AUGUUUGUCGCCCGCAGUAUCGCUGCAGACCACAAAGAUCUAAUCCACGAUGUGUCGUAUGAUUUCCACGGUCGGAGGAUGGCAACGUGCUCCAGUGACCAAAGUGUCAAGGUAAGAGUGCAUCAGUUAGCAUUAGCUUGUUUGCGUGUUACAUACAUUAUCAACAUCCUUGAGUCACAGCUGCAUCAACCGAAUAUAAUUUCAAGACACCAUAAUAAAAAACAAAACGUAAUUCAACGCUGUUUUUGAAUCCGUGGCGUAUUGUGGGCUAGAAAUGUAGCUCUGUCCCGAUGGAUUUGAUUAGCUAGCUUCUUGCGAUGCUAGUAGCACACAGGCAGGGGAGCUGCUGUUGAUGUGAAUGAAGUUCACUAAAAGUAAGUAUUCUAACGUACCCUAUCUAGGUUCAGUACACCGCUGACCGAAAUGUUACAUUAUUUCUGGAUUCAUCAAUGCCCUUACAAUGAAGAGCUUUCUUAAGAAAUAAACGCAAAUGAAUGUGCGUUACUUAUAUUCAAUAUCUGCUUUACUUCUUUACAUUGCCUUUCGUCUUCUUGCUCUCAGGUGUGGGACAAAAGUGAGAAUGGAGAGUGGCACUGCACAGCCAGCUGGAAGGUAAACUACCUGCAGCUGUUUGAUUGUUUAUCUGUCAGAGGUUGUCCUGGUAAUAUGGCUCUAUAUCAGCCAGCGUGCUCGCAUAAGGGGUCAUGGUAUUUGUGUAAUUUCCUCAAACUGGUGUUUGUAGAGGAUUAUUGACAAAGCUUCUUUCUUUUCUGUGUAGACACACAGUGGGUCAGUGUGGAGGGUGACAUGGGCACAUCCAGAAUUUGGCCAGGUUCUGGCUUCCUGCUCUUUCGACAGAACAGCUGCUGUUUGGGAGGAGAUUGUAGGGGAGUCCAAUGACAAGCAGAGAGGACUGAGCCACUGGGUAGGUGAAACUGAAGGAUGAUUUAACCUGCAGGUUGCACUUGACAGACAGCUCCUGUUAAUUAAGCAGGCCUGUCACUGUCAUUACUAUUGCAACAUUUAGGCAAAUCCUACCAGUAAUUUGUUUUUGCCCUGCAGGUGUAAUGCCUUGGAUCCUGGAUAUGGAUAUUGAAGCUCUCUGCUGAUGUUAAUUUUGGUUGUCUGUUUAAAUCAGAUCUAAAUCAAGCCUGUCAUGCUUGUCUGAUGUAGAUAAAGAGAACUACACUGGUGGAUAGCAGAACUUCAGUGACAGAUGUGAAGUUUGCUCCCAAACACAUGGGCCUCAUGCUGACCACCUGCUCUGCGGAUGGAGUGGUGAGGAUCUAUGAGGCUCCUGAUGUGAUGAACCUGAGUCAGUGGUCCCUGCAGCAUGAGAUAUCCUGCAAACUGAGCUGCAGCUGCAUCUCCUGGAAUCCGUCAAGGUUAGUGUUGUGACAUUGAACUGUACAGAGUUCUUUCACAUUUUUGGCACUUUUAUUGAUUUAAAAAAAUGCUUAUGGGGCGUUGAUUAGUCUAAAGGACAUAAACAAGAAUUUUCUUUGUGUUGAAUUUAUUUAACAAAAUGAAACAUUAUUUUCUCAUCUCAUAACCAUUCAAUAAUUGAAAACAACAGCCAGAACAGUGUAGUGUUUGCACUGUAUGUAUUUCUGCAGAAGUUUCAAACCUUGGAGCUUUUUACACUGUGUACACAGUGACGUCCAGAGCCAAGAAAAUCUUAUAGCAGGCCUGUCAAUAGGGGUUGAUGCAAAACUACAGCUCUCUGAUAUUUAUACUUAGAGUCUUGUGAAAUGAUGAUCUAUUUGCCUUUUUAUAUAGUUUUGAAGUUAACUUCCUUUUUUGCAGGUAUUUGUGAGACAACUACUCCGUUAAAGAUAACACUGCUUUGGGAAACAGCUCUAAUACUAAAUACUUACUCUAAUGAAAUUGAAAUGGACUUGUUUAGUGAACUUGUAUAAGUGUUAAAAUUGGCUGAGCAAAGAUGUUAUAAAAUAUGCAAAUAACAUCAUGUUAUAGUUGCAGUAACACUUUAGCAAAGACUUAAGUUGGAAGUGUUUCAUUUACAUUGAUUUAUUCCAAAGUUUUCUAUUUACAGAUUGACAGACAAAGAGUAACCCCAGUUGAACUGAAAAAGAGACGCCCCUCCCAUUCUAGUGCAUCAACACCUCAGAUUUACAGUCAGGUCCAUAAAUAAUGGGACAUCAACACAGUUCUCACCUUUUUGUCUCUAUACAUCAACACAAUGGAUUUGAAAUAAAACAAACAAAUGUGCCUUGACUGCAGACUUUCAGCUUUAAUUUGAGGGGGUUUACAUCCAAAUCAUGCGAACAGUAUCCGAAUUACAAUAGUUUCUAUGUGUGCCUCCCACAUAAAAAAUGUUAGGCAAUUGCCAAGUCAAUCACCUGGCCUGAACUGAUUGAGCAUGUGUUUUACUUGCUUAAGACAAAACUGAAGAGAAAAUGCACCAAGAACAAGCAGGAACUGAAGAGAGGUGCGGCAGAGGCCUGGCAGAGCAUCACUAGGGGUGAAACCCGGCCUCUGGUGAAGUCUGUGUGUUCCAGACUUCAGGCUGUAAUUGAUUGCAAAUGAUUUGCAACCAAGUAUUGAAAAGUAAAAGUUUGAUUUAUGAUUGUUUAGUUUGUCCCAUUACUGUUGUUCCAUUUAAAAAGUGGGAUACAGAUAUAGAAGCUGUUUUUAUGGUUAGAGCCAGAAAGGUGUGAAUUGCGUCGAUGUCCCAAUAUUUAUGGACCUGACUGUAAAUAAUGUCAGUUUUAAGACAUCACCAAAACAAAACACUAUGUAUGUGUAACUUUGUGUUGUUCAUCCCCACCAUCCAGCUCUCGGGCCCAUCCCCCAAUGUUUGCCGUUGGUAGUGAUGACAGCAACGUAACAUAUGGCGGCAAAGUUCAGAUCUACGAGUAUAAUGAAAACACAAGGUGGGUAAUUCUGUGCUGUUAGGUUAAAGUUUUUUCAGAUUCCACAUUCUAAAGAAAUUCACAGUUCAUUACAAAAUUUGAGUGAUUUGUUUUAUUUUAUUUCAAAGGAAAUACGCUAAAGCAGAGACGCUGAUGACCGUUACCGAUGCAGUCCAUGAUAUUGCGUUUGCUCCAAAUCUGGGCAGAUCUUUUCACGUGCUGGCUAUUGCAACAAAAGAUGUCCGAAUUUUCAAGCUUGUUCCUAUGAGGUGACAUAGUUUCUUUAUUUAAAAUCUAUAUCAUUUGAAUGGACAUGUGCAGCAGAUGUGUAAUUUUUGAUGUAAUGAAAUAAUGCUUCUGAAUAUGUUUUUAGUGACAUUCUUUAACCUUUUAUAAAGGACUUGAAUGAGAACCAUCAGUUAGAUCAGCUAACUUUAUCUGGUUUGGUUCCACCUGACAGGAAGGAGAGCACUUCUACGGGGCCCACCAAGUUUGAGGUGCAGAUUGUGGCUCAGUUCGACAACCACAACUCCCAGGUGUGGCGUGUGAGCUGGAACAUCACCAGCACUCUGCUGGCCUCCUCCGGGGAUGACGGUUGUGUCCGCCUUUGGAAAGGUAGUAAACUGAAGUGCUGACUUUUCAUUUUAGUAGCAGCAAUACUGGAAACUGUUGUUCCAUUGCUAAGUAAAAAAACAAUUGAGUGACUAAACAAAUUUGCUGUGGUUAUCAUCAGUCUACAUUUUGAACCUAACAGGUUCAAAAUGUAGAGCUGAACUUAGACUGACUGAGAACCAGAGAUGGGGACUCGAGUUUGAAACUUGGACUUAAGUCAAUGUGAUUUCAGACUUGACUCAACCCUUGGAGACAAGAGACUUGACUUGGACUUGAGCUUUGAGACUUGUGUACAGACUUUGUAUAUCGUAUUUUGGUCUUAGUAGCAUCUCAAGCUCAAUGUUAUUCCCUGUUCCCACGUCUAAUCCUCUUCCGCUUCUGCUGCAGUUGCGGCCUCAUCCCAACUUGUUGAGAUGACACAGCGCUUCUUAACACAGAUCAUAACUAAGAGAGACUGUUUCAGCAUAACUAUAGACAAUUUUAGGUGUUUUGUAUUCAUACAAGACAGCUACCCAUGAUCAACAAAUGAGCAAUCACUGCUCACUCUUCGCCCCUGCAGAUGUUGAGAAUAGCAUUUGCUUUGCAGGCGAUCUGAGAGAGAUUGAGAAAGCCAGGCAAGUGACUGAGAUCAACGUCUCAAAUUAAACACAAACCUUUUCUUACUGCUGUUUUGCCCAGCUGGUUGCUGUUGCUCUCAGUCUCGGAUUGUUAUCACAUCAGGUGACCGUCCUCACACUGAUCACCUGAUGUGAUAAUGUAACAUUCAGUCGGGGGUUGUGUUAUUUGGACCCCUGCUGAGUUUUUCCAAAGGAUCAGAGACAAAGAGAGAGAGACUUUAGGAAGGGGGUCACAGCGCUGCUAAAGGAGGAGGGAUACAGGGGUGAAUUCAGGGUUAGUCUGGGGGUGCCCCCAACUUGUGCUCAAGUCCUCUUUUUUCUGUGCAGCUUCCUUUUUAAAAGUUAUUAGGGGGUUCAUGUUUUCUAUGAUUGACACCUGAUACAGCCUAUGGGCAUUCAGGGAUUACGUAGCUCACCCGGGGGAUAUGCUGUUUGAGCCGAGCGUCAUCACAGCGACUCUCAGCGACUCUCCAGCUGAAUGUGCACAAUGCUACUGCGCAGCACUGGUUUCAGGAAAUGAAGAAAAAUCCCGGAAAUACUGAGAGCUAUUUGGCUUCAAAUCCGUAUACAGGCGGUAGGCGGAACCAGGUUGUCCAUAGUAUAUACAGUCUAUGGUUUGGACAAAAUUGAAGUGAAAAACUGUGAGAGCACUGACAAUUUGGUCCUUUUCCCCCGCAGCCAACUACAUGGACAACUGGAAGUGCACAGGCAUCCUGAAGGGAGAUGGAAGCCCACUCACGGGCUCCUCUGGUCAGCCAACAGCUAUGAGCACUGUGGUUGGUUCCACAGUUCAGACCUCCCAGAAUGCCCUGAAUGGGAUGUCUGCAGGAAGGUAGGUGGUGUGGUUCUUGUGAUGCCACUCACCCAGCCCAACCCAAGCCAGUCAGAACUGACAACUUACUACCCCUCACACUGACUGGGACUGCAGCUGCUCACUGACAAACUCUUCAGGGCCAGAAUGAUGCACUUAUGCAAAGAGCUUGGCUUCCAGCAUCCAGGUUUUUUGGCAGAAAGCCUAUGGGGUUGGAUGAUUUGUUUUUCUGUUUGUUUGUUUGUUUUUUUUUACCUGAUUUGUAUUGCUGCAUGUAAUAAUACUGGUUUCAUUUUCUUACUUGCAGUGUUAGGGCUAAUCAAAAGAAGUCAAAUAAACCUGUUUAUAUGAAUCACAUAUGUGACUGUUGUUUCAAAUGCUAGAGGUGUUUUGGUAUUUCAAACAAAACCAUUUUUCCCAUAAACAGUGUUUUUACGUUAAUAAAAAUUGUUAACACUUGCAGAUGUAUACAUUAAAGACAGGUAGUCGUAUCUUUCUCUCCAGUUUUACUUUUCAACUUAGAUGUAGACAACUGAACAACUCUUGCCAAACUCUUUGCAGCUCUGAAGCACAGCCUAAAACAUCCCCACUAACAAACUAUAAUAGUAUUAUUAAUUUAUAUGAAGACAUAGGGUCUAUAUAAAUGAGGCUAAUGACAAUCAUGGUGUAAAACAGCACUAUAUAACUUGAAAAAAUGUGGAAAAAGCUUUUGUUGAUUACAAAGUAAAUAAAUGAUCAAUACUCAUCCUGUCUGAGUUAAAUACACUCGGGUACCUCAUUUUACUCUGGCGUCACCAGUGACUGUCAGUAGCUUCUUCUAGUCUGUGUGAAAAUGUUCAUGAACCCGUUUUUAUACUGAUCACUUCAGUCUUUUUGAUGGUGACACUUAACCUUUUUACCAUUAUUCCAUCCAUAUUCUAUUUAUUGCUGUAAUGCUCUCUGUUUGGGUAAAUCAACAGAGCCAUGCUUUAAAAUAUGUAUAUAGUACAUAUUAAAAUCUGGUGUGUGAUAGAGAGAGAAGUGGAAAAAUCUAGCUGUGUUUAGACUAACCUCACACCCUCUGACUCAAUUUAACCUCUGCAUUUACUGAAUGAUGGGUUUGAAUCACCGCUAACCUGGGUAACACAAGGUCUGUAUAGUGUGUGUGAUUCUGUUUAAUAUCUUUUGUUGGCAGAUUUGUUCAUUGUGUUUUGUCAAGUUAAUCUCAUCAAAGUCCUUGAUGAUAAAAAGGAGCAGAGAGUGGAAGAGGUGGCCUUGUGAAAGUAAUGUUGUGUUGUACUGCUUGUUGCAUGCAGGAUUGGCAAGAGAGCUCCCUUUGCCCCUCCCCUGCGGCAGCUGACCUCUCCAAAGAUAUACCAGCAUCCUGCCUAUUACUAAUGUCUCCUCUCCACCAGCUGCCAGUUUGCAUUGUGUCAACUCUAAAUCAGUGUGAAUCAUGUCUAAAAUGUGACCUGAAUACAGUGUGCUGUGUCGAUGUUUGAAGGAACAGCGUGUGAGAUAAAGGGAUAAUAUAUUUGAAUGAAGUGAAAGAGAUGGUAUUAGGAUUUUCUCAUAUCUUAAAAACAAAUAUUAAGUUAAAAGUUGGGUGAUGAUAAUAAUAAUAGUAACUUCAUGAAUAUAGCACCUUUAAAAACAAAAGUGCUUUGACAGACAAAGUAGAGUAAUAAACAAAUAUGACAGAGGAGAAACAAAUCACAAGUCAUAUAGAGAGCAGUAAAGAUUCUGAGAAGAGGGAAAAAAAGGAAAGUGAAAAGAGAAAAAUGUCAACAACAUCACAUCAGAUUAAAAACGCAUUAGAGGAUGAGGGGCUGUGAAGUACAAAUAAACCAAGAACAAAGAUGAAUGAACAAAUACGUAUAUAAAUGAAUUAAAUGUUAUCGAGGACAGUAUAGGUGAUCAAAUUAAGACUUGCAAACAGAUGGCCCAAAUGAAACCAUUAAAGUAUGAGUUUUUAAAUAAGAUAAAGUCAAUAAGUUACUGUUAAAAAGUAUCUAAAAGGUCAAUUCACAGAAAAGCAAGUCUUUAGAAGUGAGUUUUCAGAAGUGAUUUCAAAGAUGUCACUGAUUCUGCACGCCUUCUCUCCUCAGGGAGGUCGUUCCAGAGUCUAAAAAGCUCGAACUCCUUUAGAUUUGAGCCUCGACUUUGGAACGACCAGCAGGGUGUCACCUAAAGUUCUCAGGCUGCAGGACGACUCACAUAUGGCGUCAGCAUUUCAAUAAUAUUACUUGGGGUAAGACCCAGAUGAGCUUUAAAAGGGAUCAGUAAAAUCUUAAAAUCAGUUCUAAAAUGCGCAGAGAGCCAGUGGAGGGAGGAAGGCAUCGGAGUGAUGUGAUGGUGUUGGUUAAAACCAGUAAGAAGCCGAGUUGCUGUGUUCUGGACAAUCUGGAGGCCUACAGCAAUCUUACUGAGGGAAGAUGAGAGCAUGAAAGACUUUUUCCAGGUCUGUUCAGGACAGAAUUGAUUUAAUCUUGGAGAUGUAUCUUAACUGAGUAAAACAAGAUAAGACAGUUUUUAUUUUUAUUUUUUAAUAGUAUGAUGGAGGGUUAAAUCUGAUGUAUAAAUGACAUCCAGCCUUCAUAAUUGAAGAGUAUGACUUAUGAUUUAGAGUCAUUCAGCUGAAGGAAACUUUGAAUCAUCCAACAUUCACUAUCACUGACAGCAGCUAGGCUUUCUGAAUCACCAGGUCUCGGCGGCAGGUAUAUCUGUGUGUCAUCUGCUUAACAGUAAAAAGGUACAUCAUGACGAUGAGUGAUGUUUUGUGGGAGCAAAUAAAAAGAGAAUAAAAGUGGACCUAAAAUUGAACCUUGCUGCACACCAUAGGUUAUAUUAGAGGAGGAGGAAGAAGAGUGGUUACCUGUGGUGACCACAAAGGUUCUGCUCAAAAGGUAGGAGUAAAACUAUUUGAGAGCAUUGCCCUUGAUCCUAACCCAGGUCUCCAGAUAUUCUAUUAAAAUUGUCAGCUAUGUCAAAUGCUGCACUUAAAACUGAGCUCAGCAGCUGAAAGAAAAUCAUGAGUGACUUGAAGGAGAGCAGUUCUGUGCUAUGUAGAGCUCUAAAACCAGACUGGAAUUUCUCAAAGAUGUCAUUUUUAUUCAUAAUAGCUAAAAUCUGUGUUAAAACUACUUUUUCUAAAACUUGGAUAAAAAUGGGAGUUUAGAAAUUGGUCUAAAAUUGCUGAGAACAGCAAGAUUAAGACCGUGUUCCUUUCAAUGAUGAGGUACAUAUGAAUUGUUAUCCUAGAGUGAGACUUCAGGAUGUCUGAACUUCUUACUGAAAAAGGUUGCAUUCAAACUAAGAGAGAGGGACACACUUUGCUCAAAUCAUGACUGCACAGAUCGGUACAUUUCCUCUAAAGGCAUAAUAAACUUACCUGCUCUCUGUUGCUGGGCACUUUUUGUCCCCUUCUCCAAGCUUUUCCAGGUUAUAUUUUGGGUCUUAAAACUGUGGCAGUAUGGGAUAAUUUUUCCCAAGUUUUGAGGAGAACGUCCUGCUGCUGUCACUGAUGGGCAAAGACUGUUGGAGAAGAGUCAUGUUUUCAUUUGUCACCAAACAAAAGGUCCAUCAUGUUGGACUCUUUGAAUGUGACCCACUUCUGUAGGUAUCGCAUACAAUAAGACCUGGAUACAGUGCUGUUCUCUAGCUGUGCACCGAGUAGUCACUUCAGGUAUUACAGUAACAACUACUGUGGUGAUCUAUGGAGCAUUUUUCCUGUUGACCACUGUCGUACAAGAUCCUCCUGGACACUGUUGACAGUGGAUAUCAAGUACCUUCUUUUGGGUGAAUGUACACUGGAAAGAAAAAAAUAUGAAAAUGUUGAUUUCUGCAAAAAGGACAAAAAGUAUGCUGAUAAAUCCCUUACUCUGACACACUGGACCUCCAAGGACUGUUUCUGCAUUAAAAUAUCACUUUCUAUCCAGAGUUUCUUUGUAUUGAUGUUAACAUGUUGCUGUGUAGUGGCUCACCAUAAACUGCUCUUUAAGCAGUGUAUGAUAACUUUUGUUUUAUUGUGUAUGCAUACUUUUCCUUUUUCCACACAUCUGAAGAGUUGGAGUCAUGUCCAAACUGGGCUCCAAAAAAAUCAUGGUCAAGGUCUAUGUUUCAGUAUAAAAACUCUGUGACUCUGUGACUGCACACUCACUUUUCAAACAUUACCCAAAGGAAUUUUCCUCUUCCUUUCAUUUGAUUCUUGAGCAUCUGUUCUGUCUCAUUUUUAAUCUCUAAUUCUACUUCCAUUUUUGUGUUUCCCCUCUGUAUCCCAUUGUCAUUGUCUCCUCCCUGUCCAUGCAUUGUUGUCUUUGUCUCCUUCCAUUUUUUUUUGGUUUUUGAUUUAGGUAUUUCUUCCCACCUCUGGACACUCCCAGAGCAGGGACCAGGUAUGGUCACCUGUUGCCUCCCUCCUCCCUCAUAGAGCAUUGUGAUGUUGAGCCGAUUCAGCUUCAGCAACAGUCUCUGCCCCACAGACUCUCCUCUAGAGCACUGCUGCCCUUACCAGAGGCUGAAGGGCAGUGA